UAGACGUCCGCCAAAAUAAGAUGAGUCAAUCUGAGGAAGAUUUCAAAGAUUUUAGUCAAGAAGAGUUUGGUGAUGAAUUUGGUGAAUUCGAGAAUGAAGAGGAUCUAUCGGUAGAUUUAUUGGAAUCUGAAGAAGAAAGACAAGUUGGAUUCGAUAAGCAAAUAUUAGUUACGCAAUACGCAAGAGAUAUACACCAAGAUUUAUCUAAUACAGCUCUACCAAAGGCUUUGGAUUAUGAUUACAGUUACACUAGGAGGCAAUUCUUGUUAGUAUUGGGGAAGCCUUUGAAUUUAGAUGAGAUUAAAGUAAAUAAGCUACCACCUUUGCAGUUAUCACUUAAUCAACAAGAUCAUACACCAACCGUAGCUAAUACAUCUAAACCUGAGAAUACUCCGAUUGAUCCAGCUGUCGAUAUCGAGUCUAUACAGUUAGAAAUCGAUAAUAUAGACACUUUCACUUUAAACCUAAUACCAAUCACUGAAUUAUCUAAAUUACGUGAUAACCUACGCUCAAAUGAGCAAUCCGUUAAUCAACAGCUAACUUAUAAUCUAGAACAGCUAGAUACACUCAGAAAUGAUAACGAAACAUAUAACACAUUAAUUUCUGAUUUAAUCAAAGAAACUAAUAAUAAAUUAUCAAAAAACUACUCCAUGAGAUCAAAAAUUCAACCCAAAUCGGUCAACUUAAUGGAGAGAACAGGUAGUGCAGGCUUAUGGGGUCCUAAUAACCUCCCAAAGACACCUCCAGAGAGAGUUCUCAGUCCAGGUCUGACAUUAUCUGGGAACAGAGUGAAUUGGUAAUCAUCGUCCCUUCAACCCACACAACCAUGUCUUCUCUCUUUGGAACUAAGC